AAUGAGCAUCAUUCAAGACAAACUAGGCAAUGAAUUCCUGCGUUCCAACGGGAGCAUGGACUCCAAUUUUGGAGCGGGCAUGAUUAUGUUCAGCCACCUCCCCCCGGUGACCAGCUUCACCCGGCUGGCCGCCCACUCCGUCAUGCAGGACCUUCCGCCGCAAGAGAUGAUCCUGAAGAAGGAGCGCGACUCCCCCGACUGCAGCAUGGGCACCCAGGGUGGCAGCCUGGGGUGCGCCGGGGUUGGAGACUAUGUUCACGCCAUGGGCAUCAAGCAGGAGAAGCUGUCGGAGCACGAUUAUCGCCUGCCGCUCUACCCUGGAGGUCUGGGGAAGAGCACGGAGCUGCUGGAGGUGACCGUCAGUAACAACCAGAACCUGCUGGUGCAUGACCUCAACAUGGGCGACCUGCCGAGUCAGUUCGGAAAGGAGCCCACUGGGAGAAAAGGUCGGAGGUCAAACGGUGAUGGACAGGAGGGUAAACCAAGAAAGAAGAGAAGCGAUGCCAAGCAAUCAAUGAUGCUGGAUGCAGAUGGAGGCAGCCUGUCUCCGGGAAACAAGCCUCACAUCUGCGAACACUGCUCUGCAUCCUUCAGAAGCUCCUAUCACCUGCGCAGACAUGUCCUCAUUCACACAGGUGAAAGACCCUUCAGAUGCAGUCAGUGCAACAUGAGUUUCAUUCAGAAGUACCUUCUCCAGCGACACGAGAAAAUCCACAGUGGAGAGAAGCCAUUCAGCUGUGACCAGUGUAACAUGCGAUUCAUUCAGAAAUACCACAUGGAGAGGCACAAGAGGACGCACAGCGGAGAAAAGCCGUACAGAUGUGAGACCUGCCAACAGUAUUUUUCUAGAACAGACCGACUGCUUAAGCACAAGCGAACCUGUGGAGAAGCCAUAAAGAAGGGCCUGGAUCCAGGGAUGAUGGACCUGGGUUGCGUAGACAUGGGACACGGCAGCUAUGGAAUCACUCAGGGAAAUGCUGGGAAUACUGGUAGAAAGAAGGGGAGGUCCAAAAAUUCAGGAGAGGGAGGAGAGCGCAAGAAAAAGAAGGGAGAUGGAGGAGGGGUGAGGGUGCCACACCUUCAUGGCGCUGUAUCCGGAGGCUACAGCAUCCAUGAAUACUCUGUGGAGAAUCAAACGGUGUCUUCCUCUACUGAGCCGGGUCCCAGCAUGCAGCACGGCCACCACGGUCGAGCUCCAAAGAUGGCGUUCAAGAAGGCCAAUCGUAAGAGCCUGGAUAAAGCGGGUCUAGAGCAGGACAAAGCAGGCUCUUUGGAGCAGGGCAGGGGCAUGGACUGCCUUGGCCUCAUGCAGGGUAAUGGGGCUAAAGUCGGGCCCACCAGCAGCAACUACGACGACGCCAUGCAAUUUCUGAAGAAGAGACGCUACCUUCAUGCAGCAAACAAUGCAAACGCCUCAGGGCCUGCAGUGGCUGGAGGAACCAGCAGCGAGUAUGACGUCAGCGUCCACUUGUCCUCGCAACCGUCUGUCAUCCAGGGCGUUGUCUCCAGCGUGAUGGACAGCGACGCUCCUCUGAGUCUCGACAAGUCAGGGAUCCCCGACGAGGUGCUGCAGAGCCUCCUCGACCACUACACCCAGAAACCCGACGGCUCCCACCACAGCGUUCACUUCGACCUCAGCGACCAGCACGUGGAGCUGACCCCAGCCACGGCCGACGGUCACGACCUUGGACACAACGUCGACGCCUCCAGCCCCUCAGGAGACAAGACUGUAAUGAUGCACGAGUACUCCCGCUUCCUGCUGCAGGCGUUGGAGCGCACCAGCCACAGUGCCAGCUUCCCCCUGGGUCCCGGGCCUCCAGCCUCGGGGCCUUUUACCAGUUCCCUCCCAGGAAACCCCCUGUACGCCGACAAGGACAUCUACACUACGUCCCCACUGGAGUGUGGGUUCGGCCAGUCGGUGGCCUCGCCUUCGCUGCCCUCCUCUGUGCCAAAGUCUCACUUUGCGAUGCUGACGGGCUCUUCACCACAGCACAGCUUCCAUCUGAGCAGCCUGGAGGCGUCCACACACCAGCAGCUCACCCCUUCUCAGGAGCUCACCGACCAGAUGGAGAAGCAACACUCCUCCACUCCCCCUUCAUCCUACCAGAUCAGCCCAUCUGACCUGAGCAGCCAGAAGGACCAGCAGCCGGUCAAAAACGGCCAGGCGGUCUACCCUCUGGCCCCCUCGCAGGAUCUGGCCUCUCUGGACCCCUCUAAGCCUUCCUACCAGAUUGAAAACUUUGCCCAGGCCUUUGGCUCCCAGUUCAAGUCAGACGGCCGUGGCUUGUCUUAUGGCACUGACUCUAGCGGGGAGGUGGAUCACAGGAUACGGACGCCUGUGUCUGAAUUCUCAGGGUAUAGUAGUUUGUUAUCUGAUGUCAAUGAGCCAGUAAGUACAGGUUCCAAAACUCCAACAAGCCAAAGCUACAGAUGAGAGCCUGAGAGGGAGAGAACACUCUGUCGUUAAAGUUCCUAUUUUAAUUUUUUUAGUGCUCCUAUUUUAUUAUUAUUAUUAUUAUUGUUAUUAUUAUUAUUUUUUUAAGUGACAUCUAUAUUUUAAUUAUACUGAUGCUCUGUCUUUGUGCCCACUCCUCUUCCCGCAAUGAGCCUGCAAGGCUUCCCGCAAAUGCAAUUUUUUUUUUUUUUUUU